AGCUUAUCUGUCUUCCCCGCCAAUUGCCCCUUCAUCAUGGAAGGCCGAGGCUUGACUCUCCGGAGUAAAUCUCGUCGCCAAAGACCUCAAAUCAGUGCUCCCAAACCCAUCUCCGGCCCUCUACCCCCCAACACCCGAGCUCCGGAUGCUCCUCAGGGCUCCGUCCCCGCUGGUCGCGAGCGAGCUCCCCAGAGCGAGGCCACCUCCGAUCUCGUGAAGCGCCGGUACUCGACCCGAUUCAAUGCGGCCCCGGACUUUGAUGCGAGUGCGCCUCCGGUGCCAGCACUGCCCACGCAAGCACCCGGUGGAUAUGGAGGGCUAGGAGCUCCAGCGGCAGCUCCAAGGCAACCAUCGCCAGCGGAUGGCGCAUCCACCUCGCCCAAGGUGGAUUUGAAUGCAUUGCGAGAUCCCAGUCUACCAGUGGAGCGAUAUGUCGCAAACUUGCUCGCCAAUGCGUCCGAGGAAGAUAUUCAGAAAUACCAGGAAAGCUUGCGCAAAGUGAAGAACCGAACCUCGACCGAUCUCCAACAGAAUGUCUACCAGAAUCGCACCCAGUUCAUCAAGAUCAGUAAAGAGGCGGAGAAGCUAAAGGAUGAAAUGCGCACACUCCGUACCCUCAUGUCGGAGCUCACCACUGCCCUGGGACAGACUACGGUGGGCAACACGCCCAACCCCAUGUCCCCUGCAGAUGAUCAAUUUCCCAAGCGCAAUGCAAACCGCAGCUCCGUUGCCAACCUGGAAAGCAUGUGGAGUGUCCAAUUGCAAACGUUGUGGAAGACGGUGGAGGGAUCCCAGAAAUUCUUGCCGGCAGUCCCCGGACGGCAUAUUGUGUUGGAAACAGGCAACUGGGCUGAGCUGGACUCGGCCACCUGGAAGCCCAAAAGACCAGUGCACAUUGUCUUGUUGAACGACCACUUGCUUGUGGCCGCCAAGAAGCGCAAACGAGUGGAUCAGAACCAGCCCAACCAACGGGGCCCAGUUCCCACCAAGCUUGUCGCGGAACAGUGCUGGCCACUGCAGGACAUUGACAUGAUCGACCUGGCCGCGAAUCUGGGAACAGGCGCUGCCCGAGAAGAGGCACUGGAUCGUGGUAUUGCCAAUGCGAUCAGCAUUCGGGUGGGAUCCAAGCCAUUCACUUAUCGGCAAGACAAACGCGAUACCUCAACGAAGAAUGAAUUGCUAGCGACGUUCCGUAAGACCGUGGAGGAUCUGCGGCGAAACUUGCGAACCGAGACCGAGGCUGCGAGUAAGCCUUUGGAGGCAUAUGGGUACCUCGCCGGGCGACACUUGUCGUAUUCCCAAAAGUCAGAACCGUUUGAUCUCGCAGACGGCCCGCGCGAUAAAUCUGACCUGCGCAUCGAUGUUGAUGGCAAACAGCAGAACCUCCGCUGGGUGGAAGGACAGGUCGACGAGUUGGAUAUUGACAUCGCCUUGCAACAUUUCGAAGCCGCUGUGGCCAGUAUUGAGCGAUUGCGGAAGCUUGCAAAGGGGCUCAAGGGGAAUACAAUUGCGCAGGAGGUGAUCAAUGUUAAGGUUGAUGGACGAGCGACGCGACUGGCUGGCGUACUUUCACGAUCGUUGGUGGAAACGCACUCGUUCCCGGGAGCGACCAAGACCAACGUCAAUUGGCUCAGCCGCCUGGGUUUCGAGGAUCAAGCGCGUGAGACAUACCUGAAGGCACGGUCUGAUGUGAUUUCUAAACGCAUCCGGGCCUGUGUCUUUGAGGGUGAUCUGCCACUUUACAUCUUCCAAAUCUCCUUCGUCUACUUCUCCCUGAUCAAAAACACCAUCAGCAUCUACCAGCAAUGCUUCCCCAGCGUGAUGACCAGUUCUUGCAUCCGAUGGGCGAAGACACACCUCGACGGCUUCAAUGCCCUGCUCAGCCGUCAGCUUAGUAGUGUUCAGCGGGGCACUUCUGUCUGGCAUGAAUGUCUUGACAUUGUGCACGAACAUGCUGCCCUAUUGAACGAGGUCGGUGUUGAUUUCACCGACCUCGUGGCUCGAGGGUUGGAAGAUCAAAGUGAGGAUGGGUUGCGGACUGUUCAACCGGGUCAAUUGGCUGCGGCUCAGCCUCCUGUGAUCUAGCGAUCUACUUGGUGCUAUGAGAGUUAUAGCUAUAUUCGAUAAUAACAUGACG